GGCGCGUGCUUCGGCCGCGGGGGGCGCGGGGCUGCGCAGGCCGCGCGCGGGGUUUCUCGGCCGCGCGCGGCUGGCCGGCGCGCCUACGCGCGCGAGAGUGAGUCCUGAAGGAGAAGGUUGCGGCCACGCGCGGGAAAAGGCGGCUCUCAGUGACCGUUACCCUUUCGGUUUCCACGGGAGACGCCGGAAGGGGAGGAAGAAGUGGAACGGACCCCCUUCUCAAAAUGGGGGAGCCGGCGACUCUAGGUUGCAGUGUGUGCUGUAAAUCUUCUUGGAAUCAACUGCAGGACCUGUGCCGACUAGCCAAGCUUUCUUGUCCCGCCCUUGGUGUUUCUAAGAAGAAUCUGUAUGACUUUGAAGUUGAAUACCUGUGUGAUUAUAAGAAGAUCCGUGAGCAGGAGUAUUACUUGGUUAAAUGGCGUGGGUAUCCUGACUCAGAAAACACCUGGGAGCCACGGCAGAAUCUCAAAUGUGUACGAGUUCUUAAGCAGUUCCAUAAGGACUUAGAAAGAGAGCUUGUCCGACGACACCGCCGGUCAAAGCCACCCAGGCAUCUGGACCCAAACCUAGCCAAUUACCUGGUGCAGAAGGCCAAGCAGAGGCGGGCACUGCAACGUUGGGAACAAGAGCUCAAUGCCAAGCGCAGCCACCUGGGGCGGAUCACCGUGGAGAAUGAGGUAGACCUGGAUGGCCCUCCAAGGUCCUUUGUCUAUAUCAAUGAGUAUCGAGUUGGUGAGGGCAUCACCCUCAACCAGGUAGCUGUUGGCUGUGAGUGCCAGGACUGUCUGUUGGCACCCACUGGAGGCUGUUGCCCUGGAGCAUCCCUGCACAAGUUUGCCUACAAUGACCAAGGCCAGGUGCGACUGAAAGCUGGGCAGCCCAUCUACGAGUGCAACUCCCGCUGUUGCUGUGGCUAUGACUGCCCAAACCGGGUAGUCCAGAAAGGCAUCCGCUACGAUCUCUGCAUCUUCCGCACUAAUGAUGGCCGAGGCUGGGGUGUCCGCACGCUGGAAAAGAUCCGAAAAAAUAGCUUUGUUAUGGAGUAUGUGGGAGAGAUUAUUACCUCAGAGGAGGCAGAGCGGAGGGGCCAGAUCUACGACCGCCAGGGCGCCACCUACCUCUUUGACCUGGACUACGUGGAAGACGUAUAUACCGUGGAUGCCGCUUAUUAUGGCAACAUCUCUCAUUUUGUCAACCAUAGUUGUGAUCCCAACCUGCAGGUGUACAACGUAUUCAUAGACAACCUUGAUGAGCGACUACCCCGCAUCGCAUUCUUUGCCACAAGAACCAUCUGGGCGGGCGAGGAGCUCACCUUUGAUUACAACAUGCAAGUGGACCCCGUGGACAUGGAGAGUACCCGAAUGGACUCCAACUUUGGCCUGGCUGGGCUCCCCGGCUCCCCCAAGAAACGAGUCCGUAUUGAAUGCAAAUGUGGGACAACAGCUUGCCGAAAAUACCUCUUCUAGCCCUGAGAAGUCUGAGGCCAGACUAACUGAAGGGGCCUGAAGCCACCUUCCUCUCCUACUGCUACCCUCUUGUCAAGGAUGACCAUCAAUCAGAGCCUUGUCUGCCUCCACUUGUCCUCACCUACCCUAACCUGCUCUAGGGUCAGGGCUGUUGUGAGGACUAACUCCGGGUACCCUUUUCCUGUUCCUUUCCCCUGUCCCAGGCCCAUCAGGCAUUGCACUUAAAACUCCCAGCCCCAUUUUCAGAAACAUAUUUUUCACAUCAUGAUUCCCUAGAGUUGGAAUUCAUGUCAUGUAAUGGAGGUCCAGAUUGAGGAACUCAGCUCUAAAACAGAUUCUUUGUUUUGGACAGCAUCUCUGCAGCUCUAUGUAGUAAGUCUGGUGUUUGGACCUUUAAUCCUCCUGUCUCAGCCUUCCUCAUGAUGAGAUUAUAGGUGUAAACCCAGCUAAGAUUUUUGUUCUAAUUGCAUCUGCUUCUGCUUGGAGCUUGUGUGUGACCUGUUGUAGGCCUCUUCAUUGCUCUAAUGGUAUGAGGAAGCAACCCCCUGGCAGACAGACAUCAGAGCUGAGAUACCAGCCUAACAUCAAGCUGGAUCAGCAACCACAGAGCCUUUGUACUCAUGAAAGAAAAGGCAAUCUCCAGAGCUGGGAGAUAAGGCUGGUUCCGCUCAUUGUGCUUUUGAUGCUGGCUGGUAUUAACCUUAAGACCUAUAUAUAGGGUCUCAACAGUUGCAAGUCUGAAAAAUAGUUGCCCAAAUACCAUCAGAAUGGGGAUGAAGUAAAUACCUCUUUGAAAGCCCCACAGAAAGGUUAGAACUUAGUUUUACCAUCGGGAAGUACAGUGCUGGGCUGUAAACCCAGCCUUGGCAUUUGAUGGCCACUAGAACUACUAGAAGCUGGAACCAAGAUCUAGGUAUUCUAUAGAUAGCACUUAAGACAGUAAUGUGCAUCGACUAGAAGGCGAUGUGAUGCCAGGCACUUGGUAGAGUACCCGGUCCAUACAGAUUGUCUCAGGGAAGCCUUGAAAACCACAAAGGUGGAGCCCAGGAAAAAGCCCAUAUGACAGAAGGCAAUGUCUAGGCCAAAAAUACUUGUCAGCUCCAAGUAUUCACCUGGGUCCACUUGUCUCAAAGUUAACUGCCUAGAAAUGUACAAAAGGCAAAGAUUCUGAUGGCUGCCUUGUCCCCUGCUUCCCCACCUCCAGGAAGCCUUUCCUGACUUCCUGUACCCAGAGUGCCCUAUGUGAAACUCUGUACCCUGCUACCAGAUGCCAGGUCUGUGUGUGUAUUUUGUAUAUGUUUCCUGCCCACACUUCCCAGGCUGACCUUCAGGCAUGGACUGAAUCUGGUUCUCUAUGUACCCCUCAGCCCUCCCUAGCCUGGAGUGCACACCAAUAAACUGUGUUGUUGAGUUAAUAA